AUGCGAGUAAUACUAUUCACGUUGGCCGUCCUGGCUGCAUUUACUAGAGCAGAAUCGGACAGCAAAGCGCGUAUAGUGUGUUACUUCAGCAAUUGGGCGGUGUACCGACCGGGCGUGGGGCGUUACGGUAUCGAGGACAUCCCGGUCGAGAUGUGCACACACAUCAUAUACUCCUUCAUUGGUGUCACGGAGAAGACCAAUGAAGUUCUCGUCAUUGAUCCUGAGCUGGACGUUGAUAAGAACGGAUUUAGUAACUUCACAGCCCUAAAAAAGACCCAUCCAGACGUAAAGUUUAUGGUGGCGGUAGGGGGUUGGGCUGAGGGUGGUUCAAAAUACUCCCACAUGGUGGCGCAGAAGUCUUCUAGAAUGACAUUCGUUAGAAGUGUAGUCGAUUUUCUACACAAGUAUGACUUCGAUGGUCUUGAUCUCGACUGGGAAUAUCCUGGUGCAGCUGAUCGUGGUGGUUCCUUCUCUGAUAAAGACAAGUUCCUUUUCCUCGUCCAAGAGCUGAGAAGAGCUUUCAUCAGGGCUGGUAAGAGUUGGGAAUUGACAGCUGCAGUGCCUCUUGCUAAUUUCCGGUUGAUGGAAGGAUAUCAUGUGCCGGAUCUUUGCCAGGAAUUAGAUGCUAUCCACGUGAUGUCCUAUGAUCUCCGCGGUAACUGGGCAGGCUUUGCGGAUGUACACUCUCCUUUGUACAAGCGUCCCCACGACCAGUGGGCUUAUGAGAAACUCAACGUGAACGAUGGUCUUAAUUUAUGGGAAGAAAAGGGCUGUCCCUCAAACAAACUUGUCGUCGGAGUACCAUUCUAUGGCCGCUCCUACACUCUGUCAGCUGGUAACAACAACUAUGGAUUAGGAACAUACAUCAACAAGGAAGCUGGAGGUGGAAACCCUGCACCAUACACUAAUGCCACAGGAUUCUGGUCUUACUAUGAAAUUUGCAUGGAUGUAGACAAACCCGAAUCCGGGUGGACUAAAAAGUGGGAUGACCAUGGCAAGUGCCCUUACGCCUACAAAGGUACACAAUGGGUUGGAUACGAAGACCCUAAGAGUGUGGAAAUUAAGAUGAAUUGGAUCAAAGAGAAGGGAUACCUCGGUGCGAUGACCUGGGCUAUAGACAUGGAUGACUUUAGAGGUCUAUGUGGUGAAACAAAUCCAUUGAUGAAACUUUUGUAUAAACAUAUGCGAUCAUAUACUGUGCCACCUCCACGUACUGGCAAUACGACGCCUACACCUGAAUGGGCAAGGCCACCAUCAACGCCAUCUGAUCCUUCAGAAGGCGCUCCAAUUCCCACUACCACUACAGUUGCCCCGCCACACACUACCCAGCCAUCCACCACUACCAAAAAGCCCACGACACAAACAUCGACCCAGGCUCCAUCGUCAACUGAAGAUGCUCCAGUAGAAGUUGAACAGCCUCCUGCGGAAAAUGAAGUGGACACCCCUGAAGUUUGCAGUUCCCAAAAUGAUUACGUUCCGGACAAAAAGAGUUGCGAUAAGUAUUGGCGUUGCGUGAACGGCGAAGGCGUACAGUUCACGUGCCAGUCGGGCACCGUUUUCAACACCCAGUUGAACGUAUGUGAUUGGCCAGAAAACGCUAACAGAGCAGAAUGUCGAGCAUAAAUAUAUAAAAUAUGUGUCUUCAUUUCAAAGUACUAGCUGAGGCAAUUUAACAUGCCCUUAUUUUACAUAUAUUUAUAUCUAUCUUUUUGUUUCUUGCAAUAAAUAAUGACGUUUAUCAUUAUUUAUGGCCGCAUCAUUAACUUAAUAUAAUUGCCUUUGUGAGUACUUUCGAAGUUAUAUUUUGCUCAUAUUUAAAUAAUUGCAUUUUAAAUCAUAGUUGAUAUGUUUUUAAUUGUAAAUAUUUUAACGCUAAAAAUCUAAAACAGUUUCAUUUAAAAAUUACGUGAAAUGAAUAUUUGUUUGAAAUUGUUUUACAUAUUGUCAAUUGAAUACUUUAAAAUUAUAGAAAUCCUUAAAACACUGCCUGUUAGUUAAUGUUGAAAAGUUUUCAAUAUUUAGAUUUAAGAUGAAUAAUUAGAUUAUAAUUUACGAUUCGACGGAAUAUUUCUGACAAGUAUACUAUUUUAGUGUCAGUUGUUUGGUAUUAUGUAGAACUAAUAUCAUUGUUAGAAGAAACGACAACAUUUAAAAAGUGAAGUUUUGUCAGAAAUAAGCUGUUACCGUAUAAUUUAUUGUCCUGUUGGAAGCUAAUUAAAUAUUAAAAAUA